GUGUGUUUGGGGGGAUUGUCGGGGCGCGAGAGGAGAGCCGAGCCGAGGGGAAGGAAGGAAGCCACAGAGCUCCCCAGUCUCGGGCUGCUUCUCCCCUCCAGCGCUCUCCUGCCUGCGCGCUCCGAGGCGGCGGUGGCGGCACCGAGCGCUCCUCGCUGGGGACUCGGCGCUCGAGCAGGGAGCAGCGAGGACCCCUUUGCUGCGGCUUCCUGUGCCUGCUGGAGUUAGGAUGCCAGGGUGGUUGAUUCCCACCUACUGAGCCCGGAGUUUCCUCCUCGGCCCUGGGAAGGGCUUGCAGCGGCGGCGGCAGUAGCAGACAGAACAGCAGGCUCUCCUCUCCGAGGGGGGGCGUCGAAGCGCCCGCGCCGGGCUCCCGCCCUCACCCUCCGGCGCUCCUGCGGCCCCAAGCCGCCACCCCGGUGCCUGCCUCCUUCCUCUUCUCGCCGAGAGCCGCCCCUGGGAUCGGAUCCGCGCGCCCCGGAUGCUGGGGCUGCCCCGGCGCGCCUCCCUCCUGGCGCGACGCGCUGAGUGAACCGGAGGGCGCCCGCGCUUGCCCCAGGAGGGGCCCCCUAACCUCGGAACCCCGCGCCGGACCCGCCGGGUAGACGACGAUGUCCGCUCAGCCCCCGGCUCUGACGCGCUCCACGCAGCGGGGGGAAGGCGGCCGGCCACAGCCCGCCGAGCCCUAGGUGCACAAAGCCCGCGCCCGCCGCCCGGCCUCGGCGCCCGCCGACGACUUUGCCGCCUGCUCCGCGGCUCUUUGUCUCCGCUUGGGGCGGGCGCCCGACUCUGGGAUUUCGGUGUGAGAGCGGGCUGGGGGGGCCGGGGGCGAGCUCUCGGUUUCCCGGCCGCCCCCCGCUCGGGCUUGGCUCCCCCCUCCCCCGCACCUCCCCUGCCCGGGCUCUCGGCGCUUCCACGCUCUCGGAAUCACGACCCCUCCCUGCCAUGUAUCCGCAAGGCAGACAUCCGGCUCCCCAUCAACCCGGGCAGCCGGGAUUUAAAUUCACGGUGGCUGAGUCUUGUGACAGGAUCAAAGACGAAUUCCAGUUCCUGCAAGCUCAAUAUCACAGCCUCAAAGUGGAAUACGACAAGCUGGCGAACGAGAAGACGGAGAUGCAGCGCCAUUAUGUGAUGUACUACGAGAUGUCCUAUGGAUUGAACAUUGAAAUGCACAAGCAGACAGAGAUUGCGAAGAGACUGAACACGAUUUUAGCACAGAUCAUGCCUUUCCUGUCACAAGAGCACCAGCAGCAGGUGGCGCAGGCGGUGGAGCGAGCGAAGCAGGUCACCAUGACGGAGCUGAACGCCAUCAUCGGGCAACAGCAGCUCCAGGCGCAGCACCUCUCCCACGCCACGCACGGCCCCCCGGUGCAGCUGCCACCCCACCCGUCAGGCCUCCAGCCUCCAGGGAUCCCCCCAGUGACGGGGAGCAGCUCAGGGCUGCUGGCGCUUGGUGCCCUGGGCAGCCAGGCCCACCUGUCGGUGAAGGACGAGAAGAAUCACCAUGAGCUGGACCACAGAGAGAGAGAAUCCAGCACGAAUAACUCGGUGUCGCCCUCGGAAAGCCUCCGGGCCAGUGAGAAGCACCGAGGCUCCGCAGACUACAGCAUGGAAGCCAAGAAGCGGAAAGCGGAGGAGAAGGACAGUUUGAGCCGAUACGACAGUGACGGGGACAAGAGUGAUGAUCUGGUGGUGGACGUUUCCAAUGAGGACCCAGCGACGCCCCGGGUCAGCCCGGCACACUCUCCUCCUGAAAACGGGCUGGACAAGGCCCGUGGCCUGAAGAAGGACGCUCCCACCAGCCCCGCCUCGGUGGCCUCCUCCAGCAGCACGCCCUCCUCCAAGACCAAAGACCUUGGUCAUAAUGACAAAUCCUCCACCCCUGGGCUCAAGUCCAACACACCAACCCCAAGGAACGAUGCCCCAACUCCGGGCACCAGCACGACCCCGGGACUCCGGUCGAUGCCGGGCAAACCUCCAGGCAUGGACCCGAUAGCCUCGGCCCUGCGCACGCCCAUCUCCAUCACCAGCUCCUACGGCGCGCCCUUUGCCAUGAUGAGCCACCAUGAGAUGAACGGCUCCCUCACCAGCCCCAGCGCCUACGCCGGCCUCCACAACAUCCCACCCCAGAUGAGCGCGGCUGCCGCCGCCGCCGCCGCCGCCUAUGGCCGAUCGCCAAUGGUGAGCUUUGGAGCUGUACGUAGACCUUUUGGCUCCUUUUCUGGGGGGACUGG